UAAAAGUAUGUAUGACAAUACAAUAGCUGUGAAUUAUCAUUACUCAUUUGUCAAUCGUCGUUAUUAGUCGUUAUCAUGGAAAAGUGGGUGAAAGAGAAAUUGUCCGAAUUAUUGGACUUUCAGAUUCAGGAUGACUUUGUUCAAUUCGUUAUGCAAAUAGAAAAUGAGAGGGAUUUGGAAAGCUAUUUUGCAACUUUACUGGACAGCGGGAAUCCAAAACACAGACAAUUUGUCGUAGACUUCAAGAAACAACGUGCGUCUUAUACCAAUCAAAUGGGUUAUAAGAAAACGAAUAAUAGCGACAAUGUGUCCAACAAACAGAAUGAAAAGAAGAAGGGAAAAGCGAGGGGAAAGGAAAAUGCACAGCUGCAAGAGACUGCAAAAGUUGAAACGAAGCCAGAGAAGACUGAAAAGAAGAAGACUAAAUACGUUAAUUUAUUAUCUCAUGGAGAUGUUCUUCUGAAAGGGAGACACAAGUGUAACUGUGAAGCAAAAAGACAUGCGUUAAUCAACAAUUGCCUCAACUGCGGAAGAAUAGUCUGUGCGCAAGAAGGUGCAGGACCAUGCUUCUUUUGUGGAGAACUUGUUUGUUCUCCAAAUCAACAAGUGGUACUUCAGAGCAAGACUAAACAGGCCGAUAACUUGUACAACAAAUUGAUGGAACAAAAGCCAAAUAAAAAUUUUGAAGACUCCCUCAAACAAAGGGACAAGCUUCUUGAAUUUGAUCGCAACAGCGCCCGCCGUACCAAGGUGAUUGAUGACGAGUCGGAUUAUUAUCAGUCAAAUAAUAUUUGGCUUUCUGCUGAGGAUCGUGAGAAGUUACGGAAGCAAGAAUCGGAGGCACAAGCUCGUAAGCAUGCCUCGCGUUUGGAUAAAAGAGUCGCUAUAGAUUUUAUGGGAAGAGUAGUCGAUGAUGAACAAUUCAAUGAUUUACAAUUGGAAGACCUUGGUGAAGCAAUGUCGUACGACGACUCGGAAAAUCCGAAUAUCUGUCCAACGAUAGAAUUUGACCGUCCAACAUUUAUCGACAUGGGAAUGUUUGGAACAAGUAAAAAAAAUGAUACGUGGAAUACAGAAAGCAGAAUUCAAGAUAAGGAAUAUUUAGAAAUGUCUGAUCAGGGCCUGUGUUUGAGCAUGCAUCAGCCUUACGCGUCGUUGCUGGUGGCAGGAAUAAAAAUCCACGAGGGUAGAACUUGGUAUUCUUCGCACAGAGGAAGAUUAUGGAUAGCAUCAGCUGCUAAGGUACCUUCCCCUGAGGACAUAUCCAAUACACAGCAUCUCUACAACAUAUUAAAAGAUAGAACAAUUAAGUUUCCUGAGACUUACCCCACAAGUUGCUUGUUAGGCUGUGUAACAGUGACAGAUGUUCUGCCUCAGGAAGAAUACAGAAAACUAUAUCCAGAAGGGGAAAGUGAUAGUCCAUAUGUUUUCAUAUGCGAAAAUCCUUACAUGUUACCGAUAAAUUUUCACAUCAAAGGAAAACAUAAAAUAUAUAAAAUGGAUAAGAAAAUUCAUCAAACUGCUUCCAAAUAUUUAGACAAAGUCAUGCGAAUGGUCAAUAAUUGAUAUUCUCGUACUAGUUUCUUUCUUAUACUUCGUUUCCGUUCUGUUAAAUUAAAUAGAAAAAUAUUUUCCAGAGGUAUAUGUUUAUUUGUAUUAAUAAUUUAAAAAUGUUACAUGCAUUCUAUUAAAAAUAAUCAUCUGCGUUUUGUACAAAAGUGUGAGUUCUCUCAUACAAUGCGUCUAAUAAAAAUUUUAUCUAAAUAUAUGCAUACUUUACAUUCAAUUUCUUAUUUGUAUACAACAGAUCAUUAUACAAUUUACAUAAACUUCACAAGAUGUUACACUGUAACUGUUCAUGCAUGUUUUAAUAUCGUCUACCUAUUUUAUUUAUCAUUCUCUCAUAUAUUUUGUCCAUGAAAAAAUAUUACCGAUAUUCUAUUAUGGUUGUAAAGUCAGACUUUUAUAAACGGUAUUAAAAAAUUAUUUGUAUCGAAAUAGAGUAUGUGUUUGAGAUGCAAACACAUUAUCUAAGAAAAGCACGAAGAUCAUAUUGUACUAAAGCUUCGCUUUUUCAAAAGUGUCAAUUACGUUAUUCAUUAAUAUUUCAAUGUUGCCUAUAAUCAAGCACAAAUGUAACUAUAAAUAUUGCAAGUCAUUUCUCUUAUUAUUUUCAACAUAUUGAAUUAUGUGAAUUAGGCUAAGUCAGUACAGUCGCAAUAAAAAUUUUACACAUUUGUAAAUUAAAGUACAUUAGCUCAAGCAUUGCUAUAGAGCUCUCUGUUGAGCAAAGUUCCAUUAUCCCUCAAAACAUUUCAAUUAGCUAAUGGUAUACUUGGCUAUGCGUAUACGUACAUAAUAUUUUAUGCAACAUUGAUAAAUUGUGGGAAACACGGCAUUUUGCAUAUAUAUCUUACAUAUAUAAAAUUACAUGUAUCUUCAACAAUAGUAUAUAUCUCUAAAACAAGCUUAAAUAAAGGGUAAAAACGUGUGUUGCAGAGAUACGUUAACAAAAGAUAUCUAGAAUAAGUAGAACGCAUUUAAUAUUUUUUUUUAAUGAUUCUCAAUGAAUAAGGAAUGUAUGAAUAAAUAUUUGUAUAACAGUUUCUAAAUAAAUAGCUGUCUCUACGCAAUUUUAAUACAGAUGUAGAUACUAUAAAUUUCACCGAUUACAAUAGAAUUUCACACAUUUUCUUCUCAUCAUGUUUUAUAUCUUGGUUACAUUUAUAAUUUUCUCUUGUAAUAAUAUAGCGCAACAUUUGUUAAUAUAAUAAUUAUAACAACAAUCCGAAACUAAUAAUGUAAUAAUUUUAGGUGUGUAUUCUGGGAAAAAGGGGGAAAGAGCGAAGGGUUUAACAUUU